CAAUAUUUACUCUUUGAUACUGUGAAUAUUUAACACUUUAAAAUGUUCAAAGGAAUCGAUACAAUCUUAUAAACUUGGGGAGUAUAGUAUUGAAAAUCUUAAAAGGGCUAGCACUGUUGAGAUCACCAUGGCUGUGAAUAUUUUUCCCAGUGCAUUCCUGGGCUGGUGCUGAUGGUGGUUCCUGGUGUUUCCUGGAGUUUCCUGGUGUUGGUGGUGCUGUUGGCAUAUAGCACACGCUAUAGUUCGCUUACGGAAUAGCUGAAACUGCAUUAAAGAGCGGAGGGAGUGGUCGUGGUAGAUGGCAGUGGUAGUGGUAGUGCUAGUGGUGUUGGUAUUGGUCGUGGCCGAAAGAGAGUAGUUCUAGAAGGCUAGGGCUAGUGGAAAUUGGUAGGAACACUGCGACGUAUAUAUCGCAUUAUAUUUUUUAGUUUUACUCAGUUUCGGUGGUGGCUGGUGGUUGGCCAAAAGACGGUGGCAGGAUGACGAUGAUGAUGAUGAUGACGACAGCAGGGCCAGGUCCAAGGGCGAAGGCAGGGACAGGGACAGGGGCAGGGAACCUACCCUCGGAUCGGGCGCUCUCUCUCUUUCCUGCCCCUUCCCGCUACCGCUCCCGCUCCCGCUCCCACUCCCGCAACGCCAGGUGUGUCGGUGUGCGUUCCUGCGAGCUGCUCGCACUGUUUUUGCUUUAAAGUUUUGUGUGGUAGCAAAUAAUAUUUUAGUUAGUCACUUGCCGUCGUCAAGGAUACGCCGUUCAGUUAUUUGUUGUGCAACGUUGUUCCUGGCAACCACGAGUCCUCGGGCAGCAAGGACCUGUGCCGCUUCGGAACGAAAGGCUUUCAGUGCCAGGCUCGAAUCGAGUGCUAGCGACAGGGACAGCAACAUUAGCACCUGUCUAGAUCUAGAAACCUUUUUAUAUACUCGUUUAUUAUCCGGCCGGUAGGCGGCAGCGCUGCCAACUGCGCAGUCGACGUCGACGUCGCUGCCUAGCUCACCUUACAUAGCCGCAAAUUCAAAUUUGAACUUCAGUCAAGUGUCAAAGCUCAAAGGAUUAGCAUGUCCUUGCAGCUGCAGCAUGUGUGAACCAGUGAACACCAAUGCGAAAUACAAUCUUCAGAACCAAAUUACUCACUGACUUGCCAAAAAGUGAAGCAACACGGCCAGAAACCGAAAAGGAUCAACCUUAAAAGUGCUCAACAACUCUCAGAUUUGGAGAAACUAUCUAAAGUGCCAAUUACCGAGAGAGGUUUUUUAAAAACCGGGCAAACGAACAUGGCGCCUCAACAGCAGAACUCCACAUUCAUCGAUGAUAAUCUGGACAGCUGUCCAUCGCUAUUAAAUCUACCCGAAAGUCCCAUUCUUCCGCCGCGACGCUGUCAGAAUCAAGACACCAACAAUAAUAAUAAUAAGCAGGCGUUCGAGGAGCGCCUGGUGGAUGAAUCGCUGUCGGUGGGGGAACCACCAUUAGCACCACCUAUACCCAUACCUGUAUCUAUGCCCAUACCCAUGGCACCAGCACCACCACAUCGGCAAGCAUGCAAAAAUAAACACGGCAGGGAAAACGGAAACGCUGGCCAGGCCAGUCGUCGCCACCGUUCCAUUUCCCUCUAUGGCGUUAAUAGCACUGUGGAGCAAGGCCACAAGGAAAUCCCCAUCUGGAUGGACGAUGGAGAGGCGCGUUUCGUAUCAGGAGUGACGAACAAGACGACGUGCGAUGACAUAAUCAAGGCGCUGAUUGAUGACGAACUGCGGAAUGGCGAUGGGUUCUACUGCGGCAAUAAUCCGAAAGAUGGCGGCCAGAGGAAAGCGGCAGCAGCAUCGCGUGACUACAGCGAUUACAUUAUAACGGAAAGUUGGGGCGGAAUAGAGCGGUGCUAUGAUGGCAACAUGGCCAUUUUGCCCGUUUGGCGCGCUUGGAGCCGUGUACACAAUGAGCUGCGCAUCUCGUUAAAACACCGUGAUAGCUUCAGAGAUCCCCUUGCCAUGCAAUUAGUGCCCCAUUCACAGCCACCCACGGGAUUUUCGAUGUACAAGUGGCUCAAGAAGCUACUGCAUCUUAAAAAAGGAAAGAAAACGAUACCGAAAGUGCCUAAUAAAUUGAAGGAGAAGAAAGUGCACGGCCAAAAGCAAACCAUGCCGAAUGAUUUGGUGGUGAUUAUAAUGCCAGACCAACUGUAUAAGGGUACCGAAAACACUGCCAAAUCCAAACUUUAUAAACUGGCCGAAAAUCGCGUCUCCAAGCAGCGUCAUCGAAGACGAAGUUGCCACGAGAUAACCAAAGCCUCAGUUGAAACAUUCAGAACAGCGAUCCCCAGCGAAUGCAAUAACAAUAACUAUAAUGUUAAUAAUUGCAUAAGGAGGCGAAAGGAUAAGCCGCUGCGAAACAGCGUACGCUAUAAGUUGGCAUCUCUUCAUGCGGAUAUGAAUGUUCGCUAUGAAAAGGAACACGCUCUAACACGACAGCUAUCGGAAAAGUGCCGACUGUACCGAUUGCAGAACGAACGGUACAAGGGACCGGAAAUGGAGUUAUCGGUCGGGCAGCUGCAACAAAAUAUCGAAGCCUAUGCCGAAGACAUUAUUAAAACGGAACACGAACUUCUCGAAUUGAAAAAUGAGAUCAGACACGAUAUAUCGCUGAUCAAUAAUUUGAAACGUCUGACCUUGGAGGAAUCGGAGGCAGAUGCUGCCUGUAAAAGAGGCGUGGCUAAAGUACCACAUUCCUCACAGGAAAAUGAAAAUACUCCUCAAGAUGCUAAAAAUAUGCAGGAAAUGCAGUUUGUUGAUAAUAUUUACGAGUUUUGCGAUAAUAAUGCCAGUAUGCUGGUGUAAUUACAAUUAUGUGUCACUUGUUACGUUUUUACCAAAAUAAAUAUACAUUUUUUAUAAGUAUUUUAAA